AUUAGUGUAUUAAAGACCAUUUGUCCUGUGACUCUUUUUUUGCAUUUGUGGACAUCUGUGAAUCGUUUAUAGUUUUUAUGUCAGGACCAUGGCGAACGGACCUUCGGUAAAAGCCAGAGUGCUUCUUCAGCAGUGUCUACAUGCAAAACUUCAAGUGAAACCUGCAGCCGCUGACUCUGAGGCAGAAUGGGUUGAGAUUAAUCGUGGAAUGGUCAUCUACAUUUGCUUCUUCAAAGGUGCAACUGAAGAUAUGAUCCCCAAAAUGGUGAACACCCUCCUAAAUGUAAAGCUGUCCGAGACUGAACCUGGGAAAUACACCUCAGUUGUUGAUCUGCCUGGCAAUGUCCUCAUUGUACCUCAAGCAACACUGGGAGGGAAAGCGAAGGGGAAGUGCAUGCAGUACCACAACAACAUUGGUAAAGAGGAUGGCCAGAAGCUGUAUGCCAGUUUUGUCAGUCACUGUGAAAAGGAGCUGAGUUCGGCCCCCAAGUGUACCGAGGCUGGCACAGAAGUCAAACACGGGACCUACGGCAACAGACAAGUCCUAAAACUGGAUACAAAUGGACCGUAUACUCAUUUAAUGGAGUUUUGAGUACUGUAGUCGAAUUUAUUAACUGCCCCGGGAAAGUGCAAAAAUGAAGGAGGGGAAAAUUGUUUGUCAGAGUUUGUCAUCAAUAAAUCUAAAAAUCAUUUUUCUUUGCUAUAGUUGGUGAUCAAUGCAUUGUUUUUUUGUGCCUUGUUACCCCUUUCGACAAGGCACACAGGAGCCUUUAUUAUCAAGUGGAUCUGGUUUAUUGUUGAAUCAGGAGGUUUGAUAUACAGUUCUGUGAAAAAGUAUUUGAUUUCUUCUGUUUUUUGUGUAUAUCUCAUACUAAACAGUUUUAGAUCCUCAAAUGAAAUACAACAUAAAACAAAGGCAACAUGAGUAAACACAGAAUACAGUUUUUUUUUUUGUUUUUAUUGAAGCAAAAAAAAAUAAAUUAUCCAACACCUA